AGACAAGGGUCCAACCGCUACCAAGGAGGAGGAGGAGGAGGAUGGAGGAGGAGAGGAGGAGGAGGUGGUCAGCGGUACAUGGACGUGACGGACCAGGUCACAGAUCAGAUUGGCGGCCUAAGGCCAACGAAUGAUCCUCAGCAAGGAUAUUAUGGAGGCGGAGGUCAACCCGGAGGUCAGGAUUACUACGGAGGAGGAGGGCAGCAACCUCCGUAUCAGGGUCAGCAGGGCGGCUACGGAGGAGGACAAGGAGGGUACGGAGGACAAGGUGGAUACGGAGGACAAGGAGGAUACGGAGGACAAGGAGGAUAUGGAGGACAAGGAGGAUACGGAGACCAGGGAGGCGGCGGACAAGGGGAUAUGAUUUCCGGCCUCAUCGGAGGGUUUCUCGGAGGUGGUGGAGGCGGUGGACACCAGCAACAAGGAGGAGGAGGAGGAGGAGGAGGAGGCAUGAACGAUCUCAUCAGCGGAAUGGCUUCGAAUUAUAUCGGAGGAAUGAUUGGUGGAGGUCAGAAUCAAAAUCAGUAUCAAGGUCACGGAGGUCAGGGUGGCGGUGGUGAUUUUAUCUCCGGCAUGGCGUCAUCCGUCAUCGGGAAUCUGUUCAGCGGAGACUCGGGAGAGGCCACCAAGCAGAAGACGGGAUUCGACGACAGGAUGGUUGCUGGAAUCGUCUCGAAUGUUGUGAGGGGAAUCAGGGGCCGACCUCAACUACCCCAAGGAGAAGCCGACGGCGUUAAUGACGACGUUGUGGCUUCCGUCACUUCAUCCGUCAUCAAGGAGAUUGUAAGCCAAGACAGCGAGGGCAAAAUCCUGUCUUCGAGCGACCCCAAUGUCAACAGCUCCAUUGUCUCGAACAUCGCUUCGAAGAUCGUGCAGAAUAUUAUGACCUCGGACACCCCAGAAGGAGAGGAACUAAAAGCCGCAGCACGCAAAGGAGGCGAAGUGGAAGGAGGAUUAAUUGGGGGUCUCGUGUCCGAUGUCAUUGGGGGAUUAAUUGGAGGACGCGGAGGAAUGGGAGGGGGAGGUGGAGGAGGAGGAGGAGGAGGCAUGAGGAAUGAUCUGAUUGCUGGUAUGGCGUCGCAGUAUAUCGGGAAUAUGCUCAGUGGAGGAGGAAAUCGCGGAGGAGGGGGAGGUCAGAGGAAUCAGGACGACGUGCUGUCUGGCAUCGCGUCGAACGUCAUCGGAGGUUUGGUCGGCGGAGGAGGAAGCGGUGGCGGAGGUGGAAGCCAGCCGUCCAUGUCGGGCGGAGCCAUCGCUUCGAACAUUAUUGGCAAGAUUGUCAGGUAAGGGAGAUAAGGAAUGGAGAUAAAGAAUGGGAAGGAAAGAGAGAGAGAGAGAGAGAGAGA